UUUUGUUUUUGACGUAGUCAUACAGCUCACACAGCUGUUCUCCGUGUACGAUUCCAUUAGAUCUUUUACGUAUAUUUAGAAAAGUUGUAUUCUUUAUUGCUCACACGUCAUGGGUUCGUUCGAAAAUUAGUACGAAUGUCAAUAAAAAAGUAGAAGACGUUCACCGAGAAUGUAUCGGAACAAUGUAAAUUUCGUUAUCUCAAUCACGUUAUUAGCUAUAAUUGGUGAUGGUACUGCACUGAAAUGCGUCGAAGAAACAGCCUGUACGUGUCAUCUUCCUAAUGGAACUUUGUACGAUUUAAAUAAAUUAUCCGAGCAAAGUUACAGCCCAAUCAAGAGUAACAACAAUUUUAAUUUGACAUUUUCUUUUCAACCGUGUAAAAAUGUGAAGAUGGAUAUGACAAAAGACAAUCCGACAGAGUGUAACAGAGACCUUGGUGUAUCGUUGUGCGCUCAAAACCAUACAGAUGCUGAAAAAUCAUUCAGCCUUGGAACUACAGGAGAAACUAAAUGGGCUAUACUUGAAAGCAGUGCAGAGCUUGUUCUCACCCAUGCUAAUUACACCACCCGCAUUUUGUUGGUCUGUUGUGACAACUGUAAUCUGGCAAAUCUGAGUUUGGCCUCCAAGCCAGAAAAAUCUGAAUAUAAUUUAAUACUGAGCUCACAAUACGCCUGUAUGAUUCAUGGAUCUCAUAGGGGUCUUUCAACCGGUUCAAUCCUGGUGAUUUUACUUCUUGUUUUCGGCAGUGUUUAUUUUUGUGUCGGGGCUCUUGCACUGCAUUUCUUGCGCGGUGCCAUUGGUUGGGAAAUGAUUCCGAAUUACGACUUUUGGUCAAAAAUCCCUGGUCAUUGUAGAGAUGGCAUCGCUUAUGUCUUCAAUGGCUGUUCUCCAACCACUUACGAAAGAAUAUAAAACUUGGUCGUCGAAGCAAUAAGGUCACCACAUAUAUGUGAAUUAUGCCCAUCGCUAGUCUUUAAGUUAGGGUAACGAUAAUUAUUAUCUUUUUACAACAUUCUUCAAUUGUGAUUCAAAUUUAUCAUGUUUUCGAUUUUUACCGAAUAUUUUUCCGCAAAUUUUGCUACACGAAUCAUUUUUCAAGCAUUCAUUCAUUUGUCGGUCAUUCAACGAAAGAGAGCUUUACGUGAUUUAAUCGAGGCUCCGGUCGAAUCUCAAAUUUAAAAGUAUUCGAAUUUUUUUAUUACUGAAACUUGUGAGUCAUUUGAUUGUGCAGAAAAUAUAUAUUUUUUACUUUCUUCAAGCGCGUCAGUCAAAAACCGCGCGCGCACACACACACACAAAACAGAAGAACUAAAAACAUUUCGAUAGGCGUCUUUCGCCUUUACGAUGUGCGUAUAUUUUUUAUAAAAAAAUAUGUAAAUUCUUUGACAGACAUAUUAAUGUGUACAACGAGAAAAUAAAUGAAUUAAUAAACUCUCA